CCUCACCUAGUUUGUACAAAAGAAAACCCAUGGUGCGUUGCUUCGGCAAUACGGCAUACGGCUGGUGAGCAUCACAUACAUACACAUACAUGCACAUACCAGAUCCGAGCCGAAACCUUUCGACGACGCUACGUCGGGAUCUAACCGAAGAAGAUGAACGACGGAGAGGAUGCCUCCCGCCGCCGGAGCGCCGUCAACGAGUACCGGAAGAAGCUCCUCCAGCACAGGGAGCUCGAUUCCAGGCUUCGUACAGUGAGGGAAAACCUGAGGGCUGCAAAGAAGGAAUUUGCCAAAACUGAAGAUGAUCUGAAGUCCCUCCAAAGUGUAGGGCAGAUUAUAGGGGAGGUUCUUAGGCCACUUGACAAUGAACGCUUAAUUGUUAAAGCUAGUAGUGGCCCAAGGUAUGUUGUUGGAUGCCGCAGUAAGGUGGACAAAGAGAAGCUGACAGCUGGAACCCGUGUGGUUCUUGACAUGACAACCCUCACCAUUAUGCGAGCUCUUCCACGAGAGGUUGAUCCUGUUGUGUAUAACAUGCUUCAUGAAGAUCCUGGCAAUGUUAGCUACUCUGCUGUUGGUGGGUUAUCUGACCAGAUCAGGGAACUCAGAGAAUCUAUUGAGCUGCCGCUUAUGAAUCCUGAGCUCUUUCUCAGAGUAGGAAUUAAACCCCCAAAGGGUGUCCUCCUCUAUGGCCCUCCUGGAACAGGGAAGACAUUACUUGCCAGAGCGAUUGCUAGUAACAUUGAUGCCAACUUUCUUAAGGUUGUAUCAAGUGCUAUAAUCGACAAAUAUAUAGGUGAAAGUGCAAGAUUAAUCCGGGAGAUGUUUGGCUAUGCUCGUGAUCAUCAACCUUGCAUAAUUUUCAUGGAUGAAAUCGACGCCAUUGGUGGGCGUCGAUUUAGUGAAGGGACCAGUGCCGAUCGUGAGAUCCAGCGAACACUAAUGGAACUGCUCAACCAACUAGAUGGAUUUGAUCAGCUUGGGAAGGUUAAGAUGAUUAUGGCAACAAAUCGACCCGAUGUUCUGGAUCCAGCACUUCUUCGUCCAGGUCGGUUAGACAGAAAGAUUGAAAUCCCAUUGCCAAAUGAACAGUCAAGGAUGGAAAUUCUCAAGAUUCAUGCUGCUGGUAUAGCCAAACAUGGCGAGAUAGACUAUGAGGCAGUUGUUAAACUUGCUGAAGGUUUCAAUGGAGCUGAUCUUCGAAACGUCUGCACAGAAGCUGGGAUGGCAGCAAUCCGUGCAGAACGAGAUUAUGUUAUUCAUGAAGAUUUUAUGAAGGCUGUUAGGAAAUUGAAUGAGGCAAAGAAGCUGGAGUCAAGCUCUCACUACAGUGCUGAUUUUGGUAAGGAUUAGGAAAAUUUUGAUUCCAUCCUUGGAUGAUGUCUUCUAUGGGGGCGAUGUUGAUGCUGGCAAGAUGUUUGUUGAAGUUGUGCCUGUGGUUUGUUGCAAACGUCAGCCAACUUCAUCAGCUGACAUUCAUGUUAGAGGGCUACAAUAGUCAUACACUUAUCCUAAGGUAGAACCAUCCUGAUGCUGUCUAUGAUGGUGAUGAUGUUGAUGCUGGUCAUAUAUUUAUCAUAAAAUAGAAACAAUAUUGCAAUAUGUCACAUGAGUGAUUUGAUUUUCCAAUAAAAUAGAAUCAAAUAGAUAAGAUUUUGAUACAAGUC